UUCUAAAUUCUACACACGCAGUAUACAAUAUGUUUUCCAAUAAUCAGGAGAUUCCCCCACAUUGUUCCCUAUCUUGAAGCAAGCAUUGCGCGGUUGACAUGUGGUAAAGCCUGGAGCCUCACAUUCGAGGCUUAUAAUUCCCAAGUGCUUUUCCUGCGGCACGUUGAGGGUAUGGCUUGGAUCAUCAUUCGCUACUUCUGGCCAUAACUUGUUUGGCUGUCGGCGCUGCCAAGUGCCGGCGAUUAACAUUAAAUGGAACUACAAAAGCAAACGAAUUGCCGGUAAUUACCAUCAAAUUGCAAAAGCUCGCAGAGCCCAAUUAUAUUUCGCUCUGGUUAUUCAAUAAAAUCUUCGAAACAGGCAUCACAAAGUUUAAAAAUAAAAUAUGGGUUGAUCAGACAAAUCAAGCGAUAAGCAACGAAUAUAGAUUAGAAGCACACCUGUAUUUGUUGAAUCCUAUCAGCUUUUCCUUUGAUAAGCCCAAAAACCGAUGGGUUUAAAAAAAUGUAACACUAGUGGAGACUAUGUAACGCCUUAGUUUACUAUGCACAGUGGGGGAUGGUCAACAGGUAUAACCUGUUUGUGGAGGAAUACUUGAAGUAAGCAGCCGCAGAACAGGAUCCAUAACUCGAUCUACAAGGCCUCGAUAUGUUUUGCACCGUCCACUCGGCCACUCAGCCACGGCGACCCAACCCGCUGGCCCCAAUUCCGGGAAAUAGCUCCGAUCUUGGGCCUAACCUUCUGCCGGCGAAUUUGGGUAAUGGCGAGGCGAGCACAAUGGUCUGUAGGGCGGCUGCCCAGAUCCGACCCAGCAUGCACACCACACGCGUAUGUAAAGCCAUUAUGCUCCACUCAAUCAGCUUCUGGGCGAAGGCUGGGGCUCGAGUGCGGCUUACGGCGGAAGAGCCAGGCGGUGUCCACUUCACAGACGGGCCCGAGAGGCCCGAGCAGCAAGCGCGGACGGACCAGCAGAGGGGCCACGAAUGAAAAGCCUAUUUCCUAAGUGUAAUUAAUUAAUUUCGGCGGCGAGGCUCUGUGACUGCGCCCAACUGCAGCCGCAUUUGCAUGCCAUCUGACGUCCAUUCGGUUCAGUUCGUCCAGCGCACUGUCGUCGCGAGCACGUCCAGAGUAAGCAGCCAAACAGCCACGGAACCAUUCAGAACGGUCCUGGGCUACGGAGCACGGAUUUUCAAGCUGGACCACGUUUUCGAGGACUGUCAGCGGCAGCAGUUUCACAGAAUGUCUCACGGCGAGCGGAAGGGACGCCUUAACGUGGUCAAGUUCCUGGAACUGGGCUUUGCCGUGGCGUGCCUAGUGCUUCACUUCUACAGCUUCAACGACCGCGACAUAAUGACAUCGUUCCUGGCCACUGGCACCUUCACGGGCUACAUCAUAGUGGUCGUUGGGGUCUUCGCAGGUGUGCUGAUGCGGGCGCCCAUACACAAGCGCAUCGAUAUAUUCUUCAGUGUCCUGGGCUGCACCCUGUUCGUGGCCAGCGGGGUGUUCAUCAUCGAGGCCUGGGAGUUCUCCUUCCGGACCCGAACUCGGGACCUCGCGCUCAUCAAGGCCUCGCUGUCGAUCGUCAACGGGGUGCUGUUCGGGUUCGACGCCGUCUUCACAUUUCGCGACAAGUGAGUCGGCCGGAGUUCGGCCGGAAAGCACUCUGCCAAGUCCUUC